AUGGUUUUGUAUUGUGUUUUUAAAGAUACAUUUUAUUUUCUAAUUUUGGAGAGGGUUGAAUGUUCCCUAUUUAUUUAUGAUAUUCUACGGUCAGUAGUCAUGUGGAAGAGUUGAUGUGGUUAAUAUUGAGUUUAGGAUAUAAUUGUCAGUUUUUAUUUGAUUAAUAAAUGAGCGAAACAAAGUCAAAGGAGAGUUAAUAACAAUAGAAUUUGAUAAUUAUAGGAGGACAGUAUGCUUUGAAAAGUUGCAUCUAUCGAGGAGGGACUCAUAAUUUGUAUUUGGGUAAGAAUAUGUGAUAUAUGUUGGCAGCGGUGAACAAAUAGAAUCCAGGGAUUUACUUCGUCGUGCGAUUAGUAAUGUAAAUAAGAGUUUAAAUUUAUUGUUAGUUCAUUAAGCUGAUAGGCUAACACAAACAUAGAUAGCAUCUAGGAGGAGGAGAAACUGCUGAAGAAAUUGAAUGUUGGUAUAAAAAGUAAGUUAUUAAUUUAAGUGACAUUCAUGCCGACAGUAUUGGCUUCGGGAGAUGUGCGACUACACAAUAUAAACUACUAUUAUUAAGUAUUUGACAAAUAUGGACCAAGUUUGAAAUUGUGCUUCUAAUUUGCAAAUAAGAACUUCACUUUAGGGACAAUCUGUAUGAUAGGAAUAUAGAUGGUAACCUUGGAUUGAAUAUUGGUAGUUAAAUAUAUUGGAGAAGAUGCACGGUUAGUUCAUAGUACAUCGUAAUUUGAGGCCUAAGAAAAUAUUGACAGUACCUGGCAAAAAUGAAUUUGUCUUGAUCGACUUUUAACAAUGUAUUAAAUUCAAACACAAAAACGGAAAAUACAUAGGUCUGGGAUCAAAGUUCUCUAGUUAAACCAAGUUAACCAAAUUCUCAAGUUUAAAUUAGCAUUUGGGAUUGAGUAUUUCAAGUGUUGAUUAUGAUUUAAGCUGCCUCUCCAAAGGAUGACCUGGAAUCCUUGGGAUUUAUACUAAUGUACUUUUUGAGGAAUGGAGACAUGUUCAGAGUCAAAGAGAACGGAUCUAAAAGUAAACAAAUGGAAGAAUAAAAGUUGCGAAUGAUUCCAGAAAAAUUUUGUAAAGACAUGCCUAUUGAAUUCCUUCAAUACUUCCAAUUUGUGAGAUUGACAAAUGUGUAACAAUAUCCAUUAAGUGAUUACGAGUUCUUGAAGAAGCUAUUCAGAAACAUACUCCAACAACUCAAUAUAAAUGAGAAGGAGUUCUAAUAUGAUUGGGUACAAACACUUGUAAUUGUUAGUUGAAGAAGAUGAAUUUGCAAUCCCAAAAUCAACAAUAACCAAAGGAGGAUGGAUAAACCAAGAUAGUGAUCCAUGAUCCAUCAAACUUAGAAAGAAUCCAAGAGGUUUAAACAGAAUUGGAAAAGUCUUCAUUCAAAAGAGAUUAUUAUCGUAAUUCAUCAUCCCUAUGCAUAAAUGAUGAGGACGAUAAACAAUUUGAGAGUGUAAGUAACAAAAUGUUACAACUGCCAAAUCUGUACGAUGUGAUUAAACUAAAGCAUUGA